AUGGUCCAGACUUGGAUGAUCUGCUGGCUGGGCAAGAGGAGUGUUCUGCCGGACUCCCCUUCAAAAAGGAAGGCUGAUGUCAAGUCUUCAAGAAAUGAAGCUGUGAAUUCGCUGGAAAAAUAUGUGUCCUCGUUGAGGAAGAAGCCAAGGAUCCCUUCUGUUAAGAAGACUCAAGUGAGAGCUGUUUCAUCAUCAUCUGCCAGGGUUAAACAUCUUGUUUGUGUAGAUAGUAGGAAGGUUGGUGGUAUGCGCAGUGUUCGGGGUGCUCUACUAGAGCCUUAUGCUGACAAGCUUGAAAACCAUGAUCUGCUUCCUAGAACAACUUGUGCCCUAUCUUGUUUUGCUGACGGGAAGUCUGCUCAUGAUCCAGCUGUUGAGUCACGAGCAGUCAAGUGUGGAGGUCAUUCAGCAUCAUUAACUUCAUUGGAGGUGAGGAUGGCGACAGCUAAGAAGAUGAGAGAGUCAUCUGCCUGGGCUAAGGGUUAUUCUUCAGCGUCGGUGGUUGAUCCCAAGGCUAACAAGUCUAGCCCUGCAGGGGAUGCAUGCGUGUCUGAUAUGCUCAAGAUGAACUUCCUAUCAAACCCGUCUUCCUGUGUUGAGUUGGUUGAUCACAUCCGUCAGGUCGACGAUCUUGGCACUUUCUCGAGCCUUUCCUUGGAAAAACAAAGGGAAGCAACAUUCCAUCUAAUUCAAAAAGGAUUGGUUUUUGCUGCUGAGACUAUUCGAAACUCAUCUGCUGUUGCCCCUUCUUCUGCCCAGCUCAACGAGUUAGAGAAGAAAAACGCUGAAUUGGCCAGCCAGCUUUCCGCCGAGCAGGCCGGGUAUGAGAAGAAGACGUCUUAUUUAAGGGCGAUGAUAUCUGAGCUGAAAAGCUCCCUUACCGAGAAGGAUUCCAAGCUCAACUCCCUUGCCGCUGAUUUGGUUAGUCGAAAAGAUGUCUUCUUUUGUCUUGAGCCUAAGAAUGCUGACAUCUCCCUUAGCUAUGACAAACUCCUGGCUAGUUGUCUUGCGUCUCCCGAAGGACGCUGCUUAUGGGCAAUUGUUUUGCAGUGA